GUUUAUUUGACUUGAGUUCAUAAACAUAGAGAAGACAUAUCACUUAGUAAUGCCUCACCAGAAGCUCAAACUAUUGACUUUUAGACACUUAGCCGCAUGCAGUGUAAGCCCUAGAUAACUAUUUUCUACUCAUCUCGAUAACUAGCCUUUACGAGAGAUCACCGAUUUUAGCACUUUUUAUCGAUUAAGAGCCCUUAUUGCCAUGCUCACAGUCUGUUUCUAGUUAUAUCCGUUAGUCCUAUGCCAUCCAUUGGUUUCUGCACUCCGGCGGAUCCCUAAAGUGGUAGUAAUGGAGCUGUGCAACGUGAGAUGCACUGCCGAGUUUUACAAUCUCGAGUCUUUAAUGAUUCAUGGUAAUUGGAGCCAAUAUGCUCACUCCUUACCCGAUUCUGGUCACCACCACCAUAUGGUAGAAAUCGAUGCUCUGAUUGGAGUUGCAUGGAGUUGGUCAUCGGUCCCGGGAUUCGACUCCAAUGCCCGUCGCGGAGAGGUGCUCACACAACAACAUCAUCGCCCUGGUUGAAAGCCAUACUCUUCAAGUUGCAUCAUGUCACUGUAUGUAAUGAUUCUUUUACACCUCGUGUUUACGAAUCAUCCGCAUCUCUCCGUCCUUCCGACUUAUUGCGGAGGUUAGCUGAUGGCCUAUUGGCAUGACUCCUCCCUCCAUUCACGUCAAGUCGGUACUCACAUACUAAUGAGAUACACUCGUACCAUGGUGAAGAGCUGAAGUCCUUACCGAUAGAAACCCGAGCUGUGACGUUCAAGCCGUCUGUCGACGUGUCGCAGGAUUGGAUGAUGCACUUGCGCAGGGUGCUAGCUUACCUCGCGGUAUGGGUUCCGUAUUCCGGUUCAUACCCCAACUUCGAACAAGUGUAUGGAUGUACUCUACGCUUUUCAUUACAUGUUGGAGGUCUUAUGCUAUCCUGAUAUAAUUCAGGUUCGUAUUGCCUGCCUACUGCUUAUGGUAGCGGACAGAAAUCCGUGCAUCAAAUUUGUGCAGUGAGGUCUCUGAAGAGAUACUAUCUGGUUGAAGUUUCCUCAAAUAGAUACGAGCUUGCUACCAUAAUGCUCUAUUACUAAGAGACCGACAUACACAAUAAGUUGAAGUCAACGUGACGUGAGGGAAUAACCACCGUACCUCAGAAGCUGUUAGACAUUCACUUGUUGUGAGGCGGUUGUUUUACGCUUUCGGAUCCUGAC